GAGCAAUCAGCUUUGGAAGGUGUUAGAACAAGCAGCAGUUAGCAGGCAGAGGAGAAGGUGUGCUUGUGGCUUGGCUAAGGCUGUCCUAACAAACGGGUCAAGAAUUAGCAGAAGACUUUCAUCUGGAAGUAGAAGGAGGAAAGGGGUCAUGGAGAUACAGAUGUCUUACCCACAGAAAAGUGCAUCGAUUGGUCAGUUCGCCCCCUCUUGCAUGAAGCAGUGAAGUGAAAGGGGGAAGGUACAAAGGGAGGGUAUGGAAAGGAGAAAGCAAAGGGGAUGAGGAGGACUUGGAGGAUCAAACAGACCUUAAUCUGCUUUCACUGCAUGUAAAGUGCAGAUCACAAGUGAAAGGGUGGGAGUGGAUGAACUGAGACUCUCAUUUUGCAGAACUACUUUACAGCCACUGACAUUAAGGUGCCUGGACUUCUGUUUUCAGAUGUGAUCUUCAGGUGAUGACAAUUUAAAGUGCAUGCUAUUUCUUUGGAAUGUUUUUAUUUUUCCUGAUUGCCUGAAAUCCUUGCUUCUCCUACUUUCACUGAGCUGCCUGUGAAAUACAUCACACCGCUCUAAGCUGGAGGACAAAACCUGCUUAUCACCAGCCUUGAAGAUGACUUAUUAAAACUUCACCGAUAAAAUGGGAUUCCUUAUUGGAGUUUAGAGUGGACAACAUUCACUGUUGCUUCACCCCCACCCUGCUUAAUGGUUGCCAAAGGGUGAGGACAUAACCUCAUACCCUGGAGAGUUAUUUUAAUGAUCAGUAUUGUGCCUGGACAAGUUGAAUCUGAUCCUAAGACCUGAUGAUUGUCAUUCCUUAGCCUCAGUAUUCCUGCUCCUUGAUCUGUGAAUUUAGAAGUUUAUUUGGAAGGGUUUGGUUGGAUGUAUCAGCAGAUCCGAAGAAGAAGGGUUGUAUUCUGUUUUGGAAUUUUGUCUCCGCGUGUGUUUUGGGAAGACGAGAAGAGGAAAUCCAGAAUUAUGGAGAUAAUCAGGAAAACCAAAUCAAUGUUUGGAGUUUUAUUACUUUUCCCAUUGUUGGUGGAUCGCUAUCAGUUUACAUCAGCAGAGGUCGCAGAGCAGCUUUAUGAUGUCUACUAUUCUGCAAACAAAAUAUUGCCCAGAUUGGAUGAAGACGUGUCUGUGGACCAGAACAUGUUUAGGCACAGGUGGAAGCGGCAUUCUGUGGACACAAAUAGAGCAAAUAUGGACCAUGAUUUCCCUGAAGCUGCUGGUCUGUUGGAAAUGUUCCUCGACAAUGGAAGUGACAAUGGCACAGAUGUUGAGGAGGAUACUGAUCAUAAGUAUUACACUUCUAGAACAUUUGGUCCAUUGGAUUCUGCCAGCAGGGAUUUAUGGGUAGACAUCGAUCAAAUGGAAAAAGAAAAAGUGAAGAUUCAUGGAAUUCUGUCAAAUACACAUCGUCAAGCAGCAAGAGUGAACCUGUCUUUUGAUUUUCCAUUCUAUGGACAUUUCCUGCGUGAAAUUACUGUGGCAACCGGCGGUUUUAUUUAUACUGGAGAAGUUAUACAUCGGAUGCUAACAGCCACGCAAUAUAUUGCUCCCUUGAUGGCCAAUUUUGAUCCAAGUGUGUCCAGAAAUUCAACUGUCAGAUACUUUGACAAUGGUACUGCACUUGUUGUUCAAUGGGAUCAUGUUCACCUCCAGGAAAACCACAGUCUUGGAAGUUUCACUUUUCAGGCCACACUUAUCAAUGAUGGACGUAUAGUAUUUGGGUAUAAAGAUAUUCCAGUACCAGUGAUGCAGAUUAGCUCAACAAAUCACCCGGUGAAAGUGGGGCUGUCAGAUGCAUUUGUGGUAGUGCACAAGAUUCAGCAGAUACCAAAUGUUCGCAGAAGAACAAUCUUUGAAUAUCACAGAGUGGAGCUUGAAAUGUCUCGGAUUACUAACUACUCCGCUGUUGAGAUGCUUCCGCUUCCAACUUGUCUCCAGUUUACCAGUUGUGGCUCGUGUGUCAAAUCUCAGAUUGGCUUUGACUGCAGUUGGUGCAAUAAUCUUCAAAGAUGUUCCAGUGGAUUUGACCGUCAUCGACAAGACUGGGUAGAGAACGGAUGCCCCGAGGAGUCCAAAGAUAAAGUUUGUGGAGAUCUUGUACAGACAACUGAAGUUCCCCAUCAUACUACGACUGGGAUCCAUGCAACAACUUGGAGAGAUUUAACUACUACAUCAAGAAUGUUUACAUCACAUCUCCCAAGCAGCCUCCCUACAGAAGAUGACACAAAGAUAGCGCUUCAUCUGAAAGACAAUGGAGCGUCCACAGAUGACAGUGCAGCGGAGAAGAAGAAUGGACCGUUACACACUGGAUUAAUUAUAGGAAUACUGAUAUUGGUACUACUGGUUAUUAUUGGCAUUUUAAUAACCGUCUACAUGUACCAUCAUCCAACAUCAUCUGCCAGUCUGUUUUUUAUUGAGCGCCGCCCGAGCAGGUGGCCAGCAAUGAAAUUUAGAAGAGGAUCUGGACAUCCUGCUUAUGCUGAAGUUGAACCCGUUGGAGAAAAGGAAGGCUUCAUAGUCUCAGAGCAGUGCUAAAUAUGUAGGACAAGAUACUAGUACUGGUUUCUGGUGGAAGACAUUUACAUUUUGCAUAUAUUUUACAAAAAAAAAAGCUGUGAGCCACCAACUGAGAAACCUGCAGACGUUUCUAUCCAUCUUUGAUAAAGAAGAGAUCAUCUUUUUCAGAUAAUCCAAUGCUCUUGGUAUAAUUCUAAUUUGGAAUAUUGCAGUAAAUCCUGGGCACCUCUGGUGGACAACAGUAGUGAAUGAACUAAAAUUCUUCUACUGGCUUGAGGAGAGACUUGAAUACUGAUCAACAUACAGUAUAUAGCUUUAGCACGCCACCAUUUUGUUUUUGUGUUAUUUUUUGGGUGCUUUCCUUACUACUCACGAACAAAUACAAGUACAGGAUAGCAAACCAAUUUACCAAAUAGACUGAAUUAAACUUUGCGAGUGAAGAAUAAGUGGAUUCUCCUUGUAUAGAACAAAAGAUGUUCCAAAACAUUUUACAGAGUAGCCAUCAAAUUGUUGUUUGUGAGGAAGGGUUGCUUCUCUCAUCGAUUAUUAAAUGAUGUGCUUUAUAUAAAAAAUCCAGCCAAAAACGGAAUUCUAAAAAUAUCUGUAAUAUUUAUUUUGCUCUUGUUCGUGUCCAACAAGAAGAAUCUAAUUUGUGACAACAGCUGUCACCUUCUUAGGUACCUUUAAAAAGAUCUCUGUGUGUGGAUCUGGAGACCGUGCCUUCUCAGGAACCUAGAAAUCUAAAAAUGUAAUGUCUCAGAUGGCUCUAUAUAUUAAUAAAAGAAAAUUCAAAAGUUGUAGAAA